GGCAAUAAAAAUAAAAAUAAUAAAAGCCAAAGAAGCCUUUUCAACUUUUCAAAAUGGCUUCUUUGCAAAAACUCACGAUUCUCGUCACCCUUAUUUCAUCAGUCCUCUGUUUCUUCUCCUCACAGAGCAUCAACGCUAACACAGAUUUCUUAACACAAGCUUGCAAAUCGACCACCGAAGAGCAGCUAUGUACAGACAUCCUUAAAAACGACAAACAAAUCACAGCAGCAGCAACAAAAGAAUUAGACCUUGGAUUGGCAAUCAUGAAAAAAAUUAUACCCCUAACAAAGACAACACAUGACUACACUUUGAAAAAAAAAGCGGAAAAUCCUGCGUAUGCCUCUUGUGAACAGGAAUGGCUCGAUAUGGUGUCUGGUUUCGAGAGGAUUCUAGAGCAUACGACGAAGAACAAAGGGUUUAUAGAAGACACAGAUGACUAUGACUUUCACAAUGUAGGUGAAGCUGCCGGAAGAUGUAAAACGAGCUUAGAGCAGAACAAGAUUGUAGAUCCCGAGAUCAAUAAAGCAGGGAAUACUGUAAUGACAUUAAUAGCUGCUGGAACCCAACCAUUGUCACAUUUAAAGCUUAUAAGCGAGGGUAAAAUUAAAUAAAAUUAUUCUCAUGAUGAGGAUGUGUGAUCCA